GGGCCGCAUCCCAGAGCCCGCUGGAGGAAGACGGGGUCCCCAGAGACCCGGCAGGCCGGGGCGGGGGUUGAGGCAGCUAACCUCCGGGCGGACGCCGCGUACAUCGCUUUUCGCGGUGUUGCUAAGCUGAACUUUGAAUUUUAGUUUGACUUUUGGGUUCCAGAUACGGGUAUUUCCGGACAUUGGCAAGAAUUUUGCCUUGCGUGUCUUCGGAGGCGUUUUUCUUGGUGUCCAUAUUGCAUAAAGGCUGGUCGCUCCUCUGUGGAGAUGACGGUUUUACAGGUAAAGCCUAAGUUGUGACAGAAGCUCCUGCAGUGGGAAGACUGAUCGAUCAGGGAAAUCAGUAGAAUUGAUAGCAACGUUUAGAAUUUGGAUUAAUUACUGGCCAUGGUUACCCGGCGCUCAGAACUGAACUUGGAGAACAGUUGCCCUGGAAGCCAUCUCCCGUAACCACUGCGUAGUGGGGGCCGCGUCUUCUUGAGUGCAAUUCAUCAGUCUCUAGUAGGACUCAAAAUAUAAAGUGAAGAGCAGGAUUUUCGGAGUUGAGUACAGUGUACUUGGGUUGAUCACCGUGUUAUAAAGUUAGACCCAAAUUGAGAAAUACGUAUUCGUCUCUGAGCAUAAUUGGGUCCUUUUUUUAAAUGCGUUGCUUUUUUAAAAAAAUGUAAAAACAGGUGCUGAUUUGAUUAGUUUGCAGGUUGUGAUAUUGGAAGGGACCGAAGAGUGGACGUCGAGAGUUCUGAAUUCUGGUCUAGAUCUGUGAUGUUAGGAAAGUCAGUUGUUCUGAUUGUCUUAUUCUAUAAAAUGGAGAUGAUAAUGAUUACAAUUUUCUCGCAGAUUCUAGUACUGUAUACAGUCAGAAUGUUUGCUUUGUGAGAGAUAUGAAGUUAUUAGUUUUUGUCUGAAGGAUUUAAAUAGUUUAAAGUUAGUAAGCCCCUAUCCCCAAUUUAGUGACAAGAAAUCUUAAAGUCAUCAUAUUUUGUCUGAAAGUACGUAGCAUAUCUUCGUCUUCAAAUUCAGUGGUCAGAACAUUUUCACCUUAACCUAAAUUCAACUUAAAGAACAACUCCUACGAGCUCUUCAAGGAGAUUUGUGUUUCUGUUAAGCAUCCAUGAGAUUUUAUUUUAUUUUAAUUUUUUUACGUGGAAGACAUCAGAAUUUUAAUAAUCAUUUUAGUACUGUAAGAUUGAUGUUAAAGGCAUGGUGUUCACCCCACUUCAUCAGCGUACAUAAGUUAUCUCUUCUUUUGGAUCCUUAUUUUAUGCCAUAAUGCAACAAGCUUUAGAACUAGCUUUGGAUCGUGCAGAGUAUGUCAUUGAAAGUGCCCGACAGAGACCUCCUAAAAGGAAAUACCUAUCAAGUGGAAGAAAAUCUGUGUUUCAAAAACUUUAUGACCUGUAUAUUGAAGAAUGUGAAAAAGAACCUGAGGUUAAGAAAUUAAGAAGAAAUGUGAACUUGUUAGAGAAGCUUGUUAUGCAAGAGACUUUGUCUUGUUUAGUGGUCAAUCUGUACCCAGGAAAUGAGGGAUAUUCUCUGAUGCUCAGGGGAAAAAACGGAUCAGAUUCUGAGACCAUUCGACUGCCCUAUGAAGAAGGAGAGUUGCUUGAAUAUUUGGAUGCAGAAGAAUUACCUCCUAUUUUGGUCGAUCUCCUAGAAAAAUCUCAGGUUAAUAUUUUUCAUUGCGGAUGUGUCAUAGCAGAAAUACGUGACUACAGGCAGUCCAGUAACAUGAAAUCUCCUGGUUACCAAAGUCGGCACAUUCUCUUACGUCCAACAAUGCAGACUUUAAUUUGUGAUGUACAUUCAAUAACAAGUGAUAACCAUAAAUGGACCCAGGAAGACAAACUUCUGCUUGAGAGCCAGCUCAUCCUAGCUACAGCUGAACCACUCUGUCUUGAUCCUUCUAUAGCAGUCACCUGCACUGCAAACAGACUGCUCUAUAACAAGCAAAAGAUGAACACUCGCCCAAUGAAACGGUGUUUCAAGAGGUAUUCCAGAUCCUCUCUGAAUCGGCAGCAAGAUCUGUCUCAUUGUCCACCUCCUCCUCAGCUGAGGUUACUUGAUUUCUUACAAAAAAGAAAGGAAAGAAAAGCAGGUCAGCAUUAUGACCUCAAAAUUUCUAAAGCAGGAAAUUGUGUAGAUAUGUGGAAACGGAGUCCCUGUAAUUUGGCCAUACCUUCUGAAGUAGAUGUGGAGAAAUAUGCUAAAGUGGAAAAGUCUAUCAAAUCUGAUGACUCACAGCCAACAGUCUGGCCAGCCCAUGACGUAAAAGAUGAUUAUGUAUUUGAAUGUGAAACUGGUACUCAGUAUCAGAAAACAAAGCUGACCAUCUUGCAGUCGCUUGGAGAUCCACUUUACUAUGGUAAAAUACAGCCAUGUAAAGCAGAUGAAGAAAGUGACAGCCAGAUGUCUCCAUCACACUCCUCCACAGAUGAUCAUUCAAAUUGGUUCGUUAUUGGAUCAAAGACCGAUGCCGAGAGGGUAGUCAAUCAGUACCAAGAAUUAGUCCAGAAUGAAGCCAAAUGUCCGGUCAAGAUGUCACACAGCUCCAGUGGCUCAGCCAGUCUGAGUCAGGUUUCUCCAGGGAAAGAAACAGAACAAACUGAAACUGUGUCAGUUCAGUCUUCAGUAUUGGGGAAGGGCGUAAAACAUCGACCCCCACCAAUCAAACUGCCCUCAAGCUCAGGAAAUAGUUCCUCAGGUAACUAUUUUACACCACAACAGACAAGCAGCUUUCUCAAAUCUCCAACUCCUCCUCCUUCUUCGAAGCCAUCAAGUAUUCCUCGGAAAUCAUCUGUGGAUCUCAAUCAAGUUAGCAUGCUUUCUCCAGCUGCCCUAUCACCUGCCAGCUCAUCACAAAGAUCUGGAACUCCUAAGCCAUCUACUCCUACACCAACCCCUUCAUCGACCCCACACCCUCCUGAUGCUCAGAGCUCAACUCCUAGUACCCCUUCAGCUACCCCUACUCCCCAAGAUUCAGGCUUCACCCCUCAGCCCACUUUGUUAACUCAGUUUGCUCAGCAGCAAAGGUCUCUGAGCCAGGCAAUGCCUGUAACAACCAUUCCUCUUUCCACCAUGGUAACAUCUAUAACUCCAGGAACCACGGCCACCCAGGUCAUGGCAAACUCUGCUGGACUUAACUUCAUCAAUGUAGUGGGCUCUGUUUGUGGGGCCCAGGCUUUGAUGAGUGGUUCAAACCCCAUGCUGGGCUGUAACACAGGUGCCAUAACUCCUGCAGGAAUAAACCUGAGCGGCCUUCUACCCUCAGGAGGUCUGCUACCAAAUGCAUUGCCCAGUGCAAUGCAGGCAGCUUCUCAAGCAGGUGUUCCAUUUGGUUUAAAAAAUACUUCAAGUCUCAGGCCCUUAAAUCUACUCCAGCUUCCAGGUGGUUCACUUAUUUUUAACACUCUGCAGCAGCAGCAACAGCAGCUCUCCCAGUUUACACCACAACAACCUCAGCAGCCCACAACUGCUAGUCCUCAACAGCCAGGGGAGCAGGGUUCUGAACAAGGUUCAACCAGUCAAGAACAGGCCUUAUCUGCUCAGCAAGCUGCUGUUAUUAACCUUACUGGAGUAGGAAGUUUUAUGCAGUCACAGGCAGCUGCAGUUGCGAUUCUUGCAGCAUCAAAUGGCUAUGGCAGCAGCAGCAGCACAAACAGCUCAGCUACACCAUCAUCGGCAUACAGGCAGCCAGUCAAAAAGUAAAAUGAAGAGAGGCACGCCAACCACUCCAAAAUUCUGAGUCUUGCAUUAUUUUUUGUUCCUUUUUUAAAAACACAAGAGCAUUGAAUCAAAAGGAUUGAGUUUCUACUUUUUGUUUUUUUAAUGUGUCAGUAUUUUACAUUGCUAGAUGUACAAACUUUAUACAGAAGCACAACCUUAUCAUUUUUAAAUAAAAACAGGGAAAUGGUUUAACAAACUAGGGUUGGUUUGCCUAAGUCAUUGCUUUUUAAAAAUGGUUUCACUAUACAUUAUAUGGAAGUGACCUAAGAAAUAAUAGAAACAUCUUUCAGAAGAAUGUAGUUUGAUAUUUAUUUAGUAUAAAAUGUUUGUGCACAGUGUUAACAAAUACAAUUUUUACAAAUCUGUUUUGAAAA